CGGAAAGCGCGGUCAAGUCUGAAGAACUAUUUGUAUUUCUUUGUCGAAUGAAUUAAUUCUGUGAUUAUUGGUCUUUCAAAAGUGAUUAAUAAUAUUUAACAUUAUGGAUGGAAAUCCAAGUACACUUUCUAUCUUAUCAGAUAAGUAUAUAUUUGUAAAUCCAAAUGAAGAUCAAUUUGUACGUAUUAAAAAUUGUUUGGAUAUAGAAUUAGAAAAUGGACAAGGUGAAUGCUUUUUAGAAUUAGGAAUCGGUGAUGGACAAUGUCCUGGACUAACUCCACAAGAAAUGAAUCAAUCGGUAUGUACAGCUGAACGUCUUGCUGAUUGUUUAGCAUCACAUUUAAUUCAUUUACGUGAUCGUUGGAUAACAGCUGGACCACAAUCUUCAACAACAACCACAGUACAAACAACAUCAAGUGUAAACACCACUACAACACCGAAACUAUCCACUACUAAUAACAAUACUCAAAGUAGUAGUCCACGUCGAAAUAACUCCGGUGGUCAUUCAUCAACAACACGAAAAGAUUCAAUACAUGUAGAUAAUGAAAGUGAAUCAGCAAAAAACACUGAUGAUAGUAAUAAUAAGAAUAAAGAAUUAUCGAAACGAAAUGCAUCAGAAAUAAAUAUGACUACUACUACUACAACUAGUACUACUACUACUCCUGUUAUGAGUAGUAAUAGUAGUUUAGUGAAAGAAUAUCUUCUUCGACGAAAAACAGCUUCCGAUGAUUUUGUCGAUGUUCGUGUGGCCGUUGUAGGCAAUGUGGAUGCAGGCAAAUCCACUCUACUUGGUGUAUUAACUCAUGGGGAAUUAGACAAUGGUCGUGGUUUAGCUCGUCUACGUUUAUUACGUCAUAAACAUGAAGCUGAAUCAGGACGUACUAGUUCAGUUGCACAUGAUAUUUUAGGUUUUAAUUCUGUUGGUCAAGUUGUCAAUAAACCAAUGCAUGGUCAUUUAAAUUGGUCAGAAAUAUGUGAAGCAUCAGCGAAAGUCAUCACAUUUAUUGAUUUAGCCGGUCAUGAACGUUAUUUAAAAACAACCAUAUUCGGUAUGACUGGUCAUGCACCGGAUUAUGUUAUGUUUAUGGUCGGUGCUAAUGCUGGUGUCAUUGGUAUGGCUAAAGAGCAUUUAGGCUUAGCGUUAGCCUUAUGCGUACCAGUGUUUGUGGUAGUCACAAAAAUUGACAUGUGUCCAUCGAAUGUACUACAAGAAACAAUGAAUUUGUUAGUUCGUAUACUGAAAUCACCUGGUUGUCGAAAAAUUCCAGUGUUAAUAUCAUCAACUGAUGAUGUAAUCUGUUGUGCAACAAAUUUCACUUCAGAACGUAUGUGUCCAAUAUUCUCUGUAUCCAAUGUGAAUGGUACAAAUUUAGAUUUAUUAAAAUUAUUUCUUAACUUAUUACCAUCACGUUCUGAGCCGCGAUUGAAUGAAUUAGCUCAUUUUCAAAUUGAUGAGAUAUUUUCUGUACAAGGUGUUGGUACUAUUAUUUCGGGUACAUGUUUGUCGGGUGUCAUUAAACUAAAUGACAUCUUAUUACUUGGACCGGAUUUAUCUGGACAAUUUAAUUUAAUUUCAAUUAAAAGUAUACAACGUAAACGUUUAUCAGUGAAUUAUGUACGUGGUGGACAGACUGCAUCGUUCGCAUUGAAAAAACUACGACGUAAUCAAGUUCGUACCGUUAAAGAAUUAGUUCCGUAUACCGCGUCAAUUCAACAAAAUCCACGUACACGAUUAUAUAAAAAAUAUGUUUCUAGUCCUAUUAUACGCAUACGAAACAUGACCGGUACCGUUAAAGAAUUAGUUCCGUAUACCGCGUCAAUUCAACAAAAUCCACGUACACGAUUAUAUAAAAAAUAUGUUACUAGUAGUAGUAAUAAAUCAAAUCAACCAAUCAAUAACAUUAAUAAUACUAAUACAGGAUUGGAUGAAAAUAAAACAUCACUUCCUAAAUCAACUACUGAAUAUGCAAGUACAACAACUACGAGUACUACUAGUCAAUCAGCAGAUACUACUACUGAAUUACUGAACACACCUGUUUCAGAAUUAUUAAGUACUACUACUAAUAAUAAUAAUAGUAGUAGCAGUCAUAAUACAUCAACUAGUUCACGACAACGUAGACAACAUCAUCAUCAUCAUCAUCGGACACGUACCGUUAAAGAAUUAGUUCCGUAUACCGCGUCAAUUCAACAAAAUCCACGUACACGAUUAUAUAAAAAAUAUGUUACUAGUAGUAGUAAUAAAUCAAAUCAACCAAUCAAUAUCAUUAAUAAUACUAAUACAGGAUUGGAUGAAAAUAAAACAUCACUACCUAAAUCAACUACUGAAUAUGCAAGUACAACAACUACGAGUACUACUAGUCAAUCAGCAGAUACUACUACUGAAUUACUACUGAAUACACCUGUUUCAGAAUUAUUAAGUACUACUAAUAGUAAUAAUAGUAGUAAUACUAGCAGUCAUAAUACAUCGAGUAGUUCACGACAACGUAGACAACAUCAUCAUCAUCACCGUACACGUAAAAAUAUCGCUGAAUAAAUUGAAACAACUUUUUAAAUUUUGAUGUAUUUAUUACUACUACUGUGACUACCACUACUACCGCGAACCAUCAGAAAACAAACUUGUUCAACCAAAUUGUAAUGAUUAUUGAUAUUUCAUUUCCCAACUUUUUAAUAAAUUUUUUUACUUGCCUGUGUAUUGUAAAAAAAAAACAUGUAUUUCCAUAUUCUGUUCUCCAUGAGAAAUAACAAUCUUCUCUGCCUUCUACUCUCC